UACAAAGGUAGCUAUGGGAUAUUCGUGGCCAAUAUUUGACUGUCAGACAAGGCUUUGACUUUCGUCCAAACGGCGGACGUCCUUGUCGUGUGCGCGUGUAUUCUCCUUGUCAUUCGAUUUAUUAUUUCCUUUUGUUGUAACACAAGAAUAAAAAAGCAGAAAAAUAAACGCAGUAACGUUAAACAAAAUAAAAGAAAAAUACUAAGCUACUGUCUUUGAAAAAAUAUAAUUAAAAGAAUUAACAACAAAAAUUAUCGGAAACAACCCAAAGUGUUUUAUUGGAAGCAAAUUGUUUAAGCAAAAAUAUUGUUGUUGUUUGUUUGAGUGAAAAAAGCAGUGAUUUUUACUUUAGUAACAUAAAAAAAAAAACAGCAAGAAAACAAAAAUUAUAACAAAAUAAAAGUGCAACAAGAAAUUCUCGUUGUUGAAACACACAAAAAAAUUCAUGAAAUUAUAGAAAGAAAAAAAAAGUAACAAAAAAAGAUAAUAAAAUAUACAAAAAUAUUGCUGACUGACUGACUGAGUGAGUGACGGCCAAGCCUCAGUGCCAGACAACAAAGUUGCCAAAAAACCGAGAAGCGGCAACACACCAUCCUCCCAAAAAAAGUUUGUUUUGUUUUUCUUCAUUUUCUGCAUUUGCUGUUGUUUUGGAAUACGAAAAACCGAAAAAAUAACAAAAACAAGAAAAACACAAAAUUGAAAUAAUCUCAAAAUAGCAGCUGUCAGCCGCCAACAACGGUGUGUGCAACGAAGGUCAGCAGCAGACAUCGGCAGUAACAGCAUCAUAAAACAUAUUGAUUGUCUCGCAUUGUCACAUUUUGUAUCGGGCAUUCUAUUCUAACUAAGAUUUCUCCUGAAAACUGGCCUUGAUUACUUUUCAUUUUCCAAACCAUUGCCGGCGCUGCAGAUUGAUUUAGCUGGGAUAGCUGUUUGGAAAAACAAGCAAAGUAUAACAGCAACAGCAGCAACAACAAACUGUGUGUUUAUUGGCGAAAACUUUUUGUAAUGACGCAUAAUGGCUGGUAGCCUUCAAGGGCCGCCCUUCAAAACUCCUUCACAGUGCAUACGUAAUUCAGCAGCUAGUAGAAAACAAUAUCCGGAAACCAAAGCCCGAGCAGACUUAUUGGCCUUAUUGCAGUGCAGUCGAAAGCCAAACCACCACCACCACCGCCGCCCGCACGUUCAUCAUCUAAACCGCCAGCCAGGUUGUAAAAAUUUCCAACAGCAGGGCAAAGGAACUAAACAACUAAAAAAUUUCCGAACUUUUUCAAAGCUCUUGAAUGGUUGCAUUCAACCACGCCUUGGUGGUUACGGCAACGGCAACUAUGUAAUAGCCUCGGUGACUCCCUACGGAACGGCAGCCGACAAUGUCCUUGAGUCUAUCGUUCAAAUCACCUCCUCUUCUAAGUUCCAAUCAUUGGUGGCAAGUGAUGACACAUUUCUGCCAGUGGUGAAUCACAACGGCCAAUUGUCUUCAACAUUUUGCGUACAAUCUAAAUUGUUUCAAUAAGGCAUUAAAGCUCUCCGACAGCCUACCUACCCCCAACCCACUCCCCCCACUUUUAUCUAUCAACUCCAGCUCCACAGACCUCUCUCUCUUCCUCUGUCUAUAACCAUUAUCUCGAAUCUGCUACAACAUCAAACUAAUGUUCCAAUGCUCCACGAGGAGUUCCACAACGGUACGGGUAACAACAAAAACAAAAACAGCAACAACAACAUCAUAGAUGAAGAAGAAUGCCACGGUAAUGGCCUGCAUCAGCACCAUCACCACCAACAACAACAACAACAUCAUCAUAACUGUAAUGUGAACAAGUACAACGAUCAAAGCUGUUUUACUGCAGAUUUAUUUACAACAACAACAACAAGAACUAUAAAUCGUAUUUAUACAACAACAACAACAAAAAGAGAUUUACUUUACACGUGAAGAUCAUCAACCUCUUAGAAUUAUCGGAUUAUAACCGCAAGAAGGCAGCGAAGAAAAUAGAAAACUGAACGGAUUCGAAAAACGCAACCGACAGAACGGGGGAAAAUGAAACAUUCAAAAAUUUUUAUACACAAAGACAUGAUGGAAUUUGGUUAAUGGAAAUGAAUUGUGUUUGCCUUUCAAAAAUAGGAAAAUAAAGCAGCAAAGCUUGCAGAAAGAAAACUUUGAAGUAGAACAUUUUUAAUAACAAACUCAACUAUUUCUUCAAAAUAAAAGCAAAAAAACAAAAAGAGAAAAACAACAUUACUUUAAUCCCCCCGAAAAGAAACAACACAAACGGAAACAACUAAUCCAACAAAAAGAAGGAAAUCUAAAACAAACUAUUACAAAGCAUUGAUUUGAUACUCCCACCCUCUUCAAAAUCUGAGAGUAACAAAAUAAAUUAACUUAAAUCUCUUAGAGAGAGAGAAAACUACAAACUAUAAUUGACGAACAACAUACUUCGUUUGCCUCGUUUCUCCUACCGAAAGCCCCGCCAAUUGCCUUAGACGAAAGAGAAGAAAAAAUCAACAAAACGAGUGCCACAUUGGGUCACUCAGGGCGGCGAAGGCAACGGCGCUCAUCGAACCACGUGCUGGGGCCAUGGAGCCGCCUGGCGGUGUACCGCCAGAUAGAGAUCGUCAAUUGGUACUAAAACAGAUGGUGACAUUUCAUGAACGUCCCGAUGCCAGUCUGUGCGGCAAAGGUGGUACACCCAUACCCACGACAGCUGUCACCCCCAAUCCGGCCUUCGCAUCGACGGCCACAACCUAUUCGGCCACGACGCAAGCUGCCACUGCGUUCAGUGGUGCAUCCAUUGGUCAUGCCUUGAUAAAACAUCAUGGCGGUCCGGCGCAUCAUGGCUCACAAUCGCUGCAGAGUAAUUCAUCGGGCAGUAGCAGCAGCAGUUCGACCACGCUGCAGUCAAGCACAUCGAGUGGAAGUGGUGCAACGCAACAGCAAACGUUGGAGAAGCUGUCGCGGCCCAUGGCAUUCGAUAAGAUGGAAGCUCUAGUACGUGAAAUGCAAGAUCCCGAUCAUGGAGUUCCCGUUAGGCAGCAGAAGAUGUUUUUAACUUCUAUUCCUUAUGCCUUCAUGGGUUACGAUCUUAUUGAAUGGCUUAUGGAUCGCCUGCAAAUCGAGGAAUCCGAGGCGUUGAACAUUGCCAAUCAGCUCUGCCUGCAUGGCUACUUUUUUCCUGUCAACGAUUCCAAAACCCUGUCCGUCAAAGAUGACUCAUCGUUGUAUCGUUUUCAAACUCCCUACUAUUGGCCAUGGCAACACAAGGCUCCGGACAAUGUCGAAUAUGCCAUAUAUUUGGUAAAACGUUCGCUGCGCAACAAACAACGUCAUGCUCUAGAAGAUUACGAAGUUGAUGCCUUGGCAUCGUUACAUAAAAAUCUCAAAGGAAAAUGGGAAAUUAUUUCAAUGCAAGCCGAGGAACAGGUACGCCUGGCCAAAGAACGAAAGAAGGGAGAAAAAAUUGUUGGUGACUCACAAGAGAGAGCCUAUUGGCGGGUACAUCGUCCACCACCGGGACAAUUUACACCAUUGGAAGCGUGUCCGGUGCCAUCGCGGGAUCGUCAGGGCACGAAACAAAAUAAAAAGAAAACCGUCGAGGAUAUGCAGCGGGAUGUGGACUAUCUGAAGAAAUCGCUCAAUCGAACGCGUAUGAAAAUGUCUCAGGCCUGUGAAUCGUUGGUAGCCUAUUCGGAGACAUUUUCCGAUUAUGAUUUUUUCCUGCAACCUGUGUUGCCCUCGAAUCCUUGGGUUACCGAAGAUGUCACCUUCUGGCAGUUGAACAAUACUUUUGUUGAUAUUCCAACGGAGAAACGGGUAAAACGUUGGGCCAUUUCCAUUGAGGAGUUGGUAUCGGAUCCAACGGGCCUGCAGGAGUUUACGACAUUUUUGGAAAAAGAAUACUCUCAUGAAAAUAUACGCUUCUGGAUAGCGGUGAAUCGUUUGCGCCGAUCUGCCCAUUCUCAGGUGCCACGUAAAGUCCAGGAGAUAUAUGAGGAAUUCCUCAAACCUGGCGCUCCUUGCGAAAUCAACAUCGAUGGCAAGACCAUGGAGAGUGUAUUGAAGGGCCUCAAGAAUCCCUCUCGUUUCACCUUCGAUGCCGCCUCGGAUCACAUCUAUAUGCUGUUGCUGAAGAAGGACUGCUAUCCUCGAUUCAUACGUUCCGAUCACUACAAGCGUCUGGUGGAGACGGGCAUACAGCCCUCGCACAAGAAACGUUUCUUCAACUUUGGCGGUGUCAGUGGUGCCAAAAAGAAAAUGACUGCCGCCUUGUCCAGCCAACCGAAUCUGGGUGGCAACAAUGAGUCCAGUAGCAAGAGUACAAUGGCUGCCAGUGGUAAUUCGUUCAUAAUGUCCACGGCCCCGCCACCGGGAAGUUUGACUAGGCGACGCGGCAGUGAUCGCAGUCUAAGCGGUUCGGCCCAUGAACUGGCGGUAAUGGGUGUGAACAAGGAUAGCAGCUCCAAGGUGCCACACUCACAUUCGCAGAGUAAUCUCAGUGAGAUACCCUUCAGUAGUGACAGUGUUUAUCGCGGUGACAUGCCACCACCGCCGCCCACCUCUCAAGAGACCUUGUAUUGCGAGCAAAAAUUACAACGUCUUGUCCAGGAAUAUGGAAAUCUCGAAACUAGUCUAACAACACACCAUCACCACCAACACCACGAUCAAGACACACCCAAAGGGAAAGCGGGACGCUUGGAGACCACUGUGGAGGUUGGUGGUGGUAGUAGUGCGGUAUGUCCAUGGGAUGAACCGGAUGAACCACCCACAACACAAGCGCCCAAACCAGUGCCAGCUGCUGUACCAGCAGCCUCCACAACUCCAGUUCAAUUGUCCGUAUGUCCAUGGGAGCAGGAGGAAGAGCCGGCCGCAGUCACACCCGCCGCCGCAACGUCAGCAGCAGCACAACUACCAGCCAUAAAAACAAGCGCACAAAGAUUAACAAGCACCUCUUCGGAUAAUACCGAAGUUGCCGAUAGAUUGCAGCGCAAUCUGGGCAUACGUCAUCAAAAUACUGUCGAUAGCGGUGAGACAUCGGGCAUGAAACGUUUACUACCAAAUUUCACCGAACAACGAAGAGCAUCAGUGUCCUUUACACCGAGCCGCAUUUCAGAAUUUCCUACAGGACGACCGUCCACGGGUGCCAAAAUUUCCACAACACCAUCGCCAACGGUGACAUUGCAACAGGGUAAUAUUUCAGCUCUCUUUGCCCCGAUACAGGGUCCGCACUUUGCUGCCACUGCUGUUGUAACCAAAGAUCCACCUUCAUCCUCCGAUGCUGAAGUGGAAGAGGAAUUGAAUAAAUUAACGAUUUCGGAGCGUAACAGUGAGUCAUCGGGUUCUGCUGUACUGCCGACACCAAAUCCAACACCCACACCUCCACCACCACCGGUGACAAAGGUAACACCACCGCCAGAAACAGCCGAAGAACCCACGGCAUUAGUUAGUGCCGAGACCCAAACCCAGGCCGAGGAGAGUCCUCGUGAAAGUUCGCCCAGCGACUCACUACAUGGCAAUGAGCCCGAAGAGCGUUCUGCUGGCAAUGAAGCAGAAUUUGAGGCCGAAGUCGACUCUGAGAUCCAAGAGGUACAAAUCGAGUUAAUUGAAUCGUCAGAGGGUUAUGAGAAACUAUGUGAGAGUCAGGAGUGUUUGGAAAUGUCACCACCCACCAUUCAGGUUGAUGACGAUGAUGAAGACAGAGCUGGGCAUAAAGAGGGAAAUAAAUCUCCCCAAGAGGCAACUAACGAAUUUCCAGCUGGAGAUACGGAAAUGGCCGAAGAAAUGUCGAGUGAUCAAGUUAAAGAAAAGAGUCCUGCUGCUUCGGCCAAACAUAGUCCAGAAAAAGAAAUUGCUCCAGAGACUCAGGAAGCUGGCAAUGAAACCAGUUCACCCAUGCAACAAGAACAGCCGGAACAACCGCAACCCCAACCACCAACACAAGAAGAGCUUCCACCAACAUCACCAACCGAAGAACUUUCCCCUACCACCGAUGAAUAUCAAGAAGGUCUCGAAUUCGGUGAUGAUGGUAAAAAUGAUUUUGAUAUUGCCGAUACCGAGUCGACAGUGGGUUAUAUACCACCGGCACCCACCCCAGCUCCUUCAAUGGCACCGCUGGCCGAAAUGGACACCGAUACGGUUGAUGAGGAGUUUAGUGAAGAAUUGAAACCCAAAGAGACCGCCACAACCACCACCACCACCACUCCGGUCGCUGAAAAAACAUCCAAACUUCCACAUAGCAAUGUUGUGAAAACCACAGCCGAAGAGGCCCGUAAGAAGCGCAAGAAACGUCAUCUCGAUGCCAAGAAAUCCAUUUCGGGAGAGGAAAAGGAAAAAGAGAAGGCGACCACCUCAUCGGCCGUUGCCACCGCCACAGUGGUCAAAGAAACAAGUAGUGCCAAACCGGAAGCGGAUCUAACCACAGUAUGCCCCUGGGAAGAUGAGAAUGUGACGACCAGUGAUGGUACCUUUACCAAGACCUAUGCUACACUCGGGUACUUAUGAAUAAAACCGAAUCUAUUUCGUAAAGUGGUCAAUAAAUUUCUUAAAAAGAAAAACUACAAAAAAUGACACAAACUGCAGCAGUGGCCGCAGCAGAAACAGAAUCAGCAGCAACAACAACAGCAGCAGCAGAAAAAUUAUGAAAUUCUUUAUAAAAACCAAAAAACAAAAACUGCAUAAAUCCAUAGGCUUAAAUACAGAUGUAGCAAAUUACCAAAACAAAACAAAAAACCAAAACAAAUUAAUGGAAGAAAACUAGAAGCGCAAAAAGAAACAAACUAAACAAAAACCAAAAAACGUAAGUAAGGAAAUUGUUAAAAAAGCCAAUAUAAAAUUUAAGUUUAAAAUUAAAUGAAAAAAACCAAAAAAAAAAAAAUGCUGAAUAUCAGUUCAGAAAUUAACUUGUUAAACUUAAAUGUGAUGAAAUGAGAGAUGAAAACGAGGUAUAACUGCAAAAAAAAUCCUCCGGAUAAAGAAAGAAAUAUUUUUUGAGCAUGCAAAUUAUUGUGGAUGGAAUGUUAAAGAAAGAGUAUUGAAAACGGCGAAAGCAUAUUGAGAUAAAAAAAGAAAAUACUAUUAGUAUUUUAAGGUAUUAUUUUUUGAGCAUAGUAUUAAUGUUUUUUUUUAGUUUAGUUGACAACAAACAAAUAAUAAUGACUAUAUUUAAUAAGAGAACGAAACUAUUCGAAAAUGUUAAGGAAGUUGAUAUACUGAGUGAGCGGCUACAGAAAAAUUCCUUCAAAAAAGAAAAGCUAUCCAUAUAUUUUAUGGCUGAGUU